AUGGGGUGCAGGGCGACGAGCUUCGUGAAGAAAUCAGGGGACUGCGACUCGUCGCCCUCGUCGAUCACGGAUGCCGAGGUUCUUCGGAAAGCUUCGUGGAAGGAGUCCAAGCUGGGGGCAAUCAGCCACUCGCAAUUCGUGAGAACGACUUCAGCCAGCAGCCUCACGGAGAACUUCAAGGCCGUGGACAAGGAGCGGCUGCUGGGCGCGGGCGCCUUCGGCUCCGUCUUCAAGGCCGAGUGCCUGACGACCGGGGCAACCCGGGCCGUGAAGGCAAUCAAGAAGGACAAACUCCACGUGACUUUUCUCACGCAGGAGGUCGCCAUCAUGCGGGAGAUGGAUCAUCCGAACAUCCCGGAUUGUUAA